GAACAACAGCAGAUCUCUUCUUCUUCUUGACCGUUACUCCGUGCGCGUCUCCUAGAGCAGUGACAGCGAAGCUCCAUUUUUCCGGCUCGACAUCUCGAAACCAUGGCCCAGGACAUGACUCUGCUGUGGGGCUCCGGAUCCUGUCCCUGCUGGAGGGUGAUGAUCCUCCUGGAGGAGAAGAACCUGCAGGGCUACAACCACAAACUGCUCUCCUUCGACAAAAAGGAGCACAAGUCCCAAGAAGUGCUGGAUAUAAACCCCCGGGGUCAGCUCCCCUCUUUCAAACAUGGAGACAACGUUGUGAAUGACUCCUACGCAGCCUGUUUUUACCUGGAGAGUCAGUUCAAGUCCCAGGGAAACCAGCUGAUCCCAGACAGCCCUGCGGAACAAGCUCUGAUGUACCAACGCAUGUUUGAGGGCCUGACGCUCUACGAAAAACUUAAUGCCGUUAUCUACUAUGACUGGUUUGUCCCUGAGGGCGAGCGGCAUGACUCAGCGCUCAAGAGAAACAAGGAGGCGCUGGCAACUGAACUCAAACUCUGGGAGGGUUACCUGCAGAAGCAUGGCAAGCAUCUGGCAGGACCGUCCUUCUCACUGGCUGAUGUGACCGUUUUUCCAACUGUGGCCACACUUUUCAGAAUGGGGUUAUCUGCAGAGAGCUACCCUCAGCUCGGACAGUAUCACGCUCUGCUGAAGGAGAGACCCGGCAUUAAAGCCAGCUGGCCCCCUCAUUGGCUGGAGAACCCCAAGGGCCAAGACGCGCUCAAAGACAUCUGAAACUUACUCACUUUUGAAAGCUGCUUCUGUGUGUAAAGUUCAAGUUCGGAUUCUCUAAGCAGCCUUUUUGCAUUUGUUCUCUCAAGGGUUGAGAUGAUGUUCAAAAUAUAUCAGUGUAACAAUGGCAGAAAUUAGGUUUUGGAAAAUAAUUGUAAGAAUACAUAAAUAGACUGUUUUUUAGAUGCAUGUAUUCAUUGGACAAAGGGUGCAAAUGAACAAUAAAUAAUCUGCAGCAACA